AGAGGUUUCUGACCCCAAGCAACAAAGAUAAAACUCGAACGAAGUCGUUGGAGAGAAAUUCAAUUCCAUCAUUGAACUUUACAACGCGAAUAAGUUUAGAUCUCUAUUCGAUCGAACAUGAUCUACGCACGACGAAGUAAAAAUCUAAUUAUUCUUGUUUGUCAGAUAAUAGUUUUAUUUACGGUGAUCGUUUCUCGUGAAGUUUCGACUUUGGAAAUUGAUCAUGACGACUUAUUCGUCCAAAAACAAGUGACAUUAUCCGAUAAUCAUGAAAAAGUAAGAGAAGAAAAUUCGAAUUUUCGAAACGUAUGGAAAAGAAUUGAUGAAUUCCUUAAUAAAAAGAUAAACGAUUAUUAUAUUAAUAAUGAAGAAAAUGAAUUAGUGACAAAGUACGACGAAUUAAAUCAAUUGAGAUCGAAUAAAAUAGAAAGUAAUAUUAAUUUGAACGAUUGGACGAAAUAUUUCACAAUUUUUCGGAAGAACAACGAAAUUUUGAAAGGACCGUCAAAUUCGAAUGAAAAAUUGACGUACAAGAUCAAUCUAGAUAUCAACGAAAAAAAUGAUUCUAAUGAUUUAACAUUGAAUAGAAACGUACGAAGUAUCAAUAAAACGGAUUAUUAUGCUCAGAGAAAAGCAGUUAUGGAUAAAUUUCAUGCUCGUCAGCGAGAAAUAAGCACAAAAUAUGGAAAACAGUAUCGUAAUAAUACUUCGAUAAUUAUUCGUAAAAACAAUCAAACGUUAAAUGAAAUGACCAAAACUUUCAAGAAUACGAACGAUCCGGUUUUGGAUAUAUUCAAUAUAGCUUCUAAUAAUACUUUCUUUGGACUAGAAUUAAAUAAUAAAACUAAUCAAUAUGAAAAAGAUACUGAAAAUAAGAGAUCUCGGAUCUAUGAUAGCUCUAUAAGGGAUAUUACUAAUUAUACUUCGACAUUGAAUAAUAAAAUUAAUCAAAAUGAAGAGAACACUGAAAAGAAAAGAUCUUGGAUCAGUGAUAACUCAUUAGGGGAUGUUACCAAUUAUACUUUAUCUGCUGAUCAUAAUUGUACGAACCUUAUUGUACAUGGUACUUAUUUAAAACAAAACAAAUUGACAGUAUCUUGCUUGGAAAAUCAGAAUGAAGUGAUUUUUAAUAAAUUUAACGAAACACUGCCUUCCAGACCAAUUAGAGCUACCGAUGGAGAUUUAUUAUGGGGGACAUGCAAUGGUACAUUGGUUUAUGAACACAACUUUUCAUUAAACGUAAAUGGCCCAUCCAUUCUCGAAGCUAUUUUGGAAAUUAUCGUUGAUGGACCUCUUUGUAUAACUUGUAUAACGAUACGUCCAUACAAUGAUACCAAAGAGGAUGUUACCAAGGUGUCAGGUGGAGAAGGUUUUAGUUAUGUUAAGAUCAAGUUAAAAAAUUCCCAAAACAAAGGAUUCUCAUACAAAAUUAAAAUUUGGGCCGUGGUAAAGAUAGGCGACAAUUGCGCGUAAAAACCAACGCAGUCUCUAUCAGCCUCGAAAGUAUCUCAAGAAAAAUUCUCAAAAAAAAUUCUCAAGAAUGGUAUCCUCUAACACAGUAGUUCUCAAACUUUUGCGUCACG